AUGCUUGGUACAAUUCAUGAACUUGCAACAGAGUACGAAGUCUCUAGGAAAACAAUAACUAGAUUAUGGCAGGAAGUUCAGAAGCAAAGGGAAAACAACAACACAACCAUCAAUCUCAACAACAAGAGGAUUGGGAGAAAAGCACCCAAUAAAAUUCAGUUUGAUGACGAGAAGUUCAAGUCCAUCAAAUUUGAACUCAAAGGGACUCAACAUUCAGUAGCAAAGCAAAUGCAAGUUUCACAAUCAACUGUAUGCAGGUUCAGUUUUGCAUUAUCUAAGUUGCAAUAUGAUGAAAACAAUGAUUCUUUCCAAUUCAAACCACAUACUAACAUUGUUCACAUUGAUGAAAAGCAUUUUUAUCUAACCCGAGAAUCACAGACUUACUACCUAGCAUCGGGUGAAGUAGAACCACAUCGUGAAUGUCAAUCCAAACGAUUCAUCCCAAAAAUAAUGUUUAAGUGUGCUGUUGCAAAUCCAAUUUAUUUAACUAAUGGUGACGUGUUUUUUGAUGGUAAGAUAGGGAUAUGGUCUUUUAUUACUCAAGAGCCUGCCAAAAGGAGCUCAAAGAACAAAAAGAGGGGGGUAAUUGGAGACCAAACCAAUACAGUCAAUAACCAAAGAGCACAUGAGAUCAAUGCUCAUCAUUAA